UGGUGGAAAUAGCGCCUCAUGCAGAGUCCCCUGGCCGAGCAAAGGGGCUCAAACAUGGCUGUUUAAAAGCUGCAGCACCGCCUGCCUCUUCACCGUGGAGCUCCGCAGACAACUCUAACUAUGGGGUCUUCAGGUGUCCACACAAUUCUUUCAUCCAGCCAGUGCACGGUUUGUGCUUUUGAACAAUUUAAUCGGAGCAGACGACACAAUGGCGGCAUCGAUCCUUCGCAGGAAAAUUCCUCCCAUUUCCACGGGCGAGCUCGGCGCUCCCCCUCUCCGACGGGCUAGCCUCAGCCAAUCACGGCCCGGGUCGUGGGCGGAGCCAGCGGAGAGGCAGCACUUAAUUGGUGAUGGUCACUCAGAUUGGAUGACGGAAAAAGUUGAUUUGUCUUCGUUUGUGUCGACGACCGAGUCUUCUCCCUGCUCGUCCCUUCCCCCCUCGCCGUUAGAACAGGAUGUCAAGGUGCCCUCGGAUCUGGAGGUCAUGACCUCUCUGCUGCAGGAGGAGCUGGCUCAGCUGGAGGACUACUUCCGCUCCGAGUCCACGUCCGCGACCAACAAGUUGGAGAAACCCUCGAAAUGUGACAAGGGCGCCCAAGCCAUGGGCUCCCAGUCUUACUACCAGCUGCCCUACGGCUCCUACGGGAGCGGCCAAUCGGAGGCCAGCCCCGUGGUGGUCACCCUGGCAACGGGGGAGCUGGACCUGGCCGGCUUCUGCGGCGCUCCCAUCGGCAGAAGCAAAAUAGCCCGACCGGCGCCGUACAACUACCACCACCGCUACCACCACCACCACCACCACCACAACAACAACAACAACGGCAGCAACGGGAGGAGGAUCGUAAGUGAGGCGGCGAAAGUCGGCGAGGACGUCGGGCUGGACGCGUGGGGCCCGCGGGGGAGCUACUCAGGGAGCGCGGAGCUGUCGGUGAACCACUACUCCACGCUGAAGACCGUGAGCAAAGUCGGUAUCGGCGCCGUCAAGAAGGCGAGAGAAUGUGCUCUGUCGCUGAAGGAGGAGGAGAGCUACUGCUUCUCCGAGGGGAUGUUUUGCAGCGAGGAGAUCGCGCGGGGCUUCUGCCUCGGCGGCUCCUACAGUGGCGACGGCCACCACAAGCGGGAUGGACAGUUGAUGCACAACGUGAAGGUCAAUGUAAGUUACGACGGCGCCGGGUUGGAGGUCCUGCACUGCGGCAAGGACGGGGGACUUUCCGGGGGCAUCCCCCAAGAGACAAUGGCGCCCGGCGAAGGCUACUUCCACCACCACCAGUCCAUGGCCGGCACGGAGCCUUACCAUAGCUUUAUAGGCGACCUAGACCCGCCGCCACAAGCACAGGCCGUCGAGCCCCAGCACGGCCACUACCUCUACCCAGAAUGCCUUGCGGACCAAAGCUACGAAUGUCUGUCCAGAGGGGAGGGCGAGGGGACGCUGAUGGGCGCCCCCAUCCACCGCCCCACCCAGAGGCUAAAGGACGAGCCCUGCUCCGCCCUCAAAGCGCCUCUGGUGAUGGGCGCCGCUCUUACGCCGGAACCCGCCACCGGAGAGAGGAAGCAGAAGAAGAGAGACCAGAACAAAACCGCUGCUCACAGGUACAGGCUGCGAAAGAGGGCGGAGCUUGACUCUCUGGAGGAGGAGCUUCACGGCCUCGAGGGGCAGAACCGGGAGCUUCGCGACAAGGCGGAGUCGGUGGAGCGAGAAAUCCAGUACGUCAAAGAUUUACUGAUCGAGGUCUACAAGGCGCGAAGUCAGCGGCUCAAACAGGACGGCAGUGCCUAAAAAAACAACAACGACAACAACAACGACUCCCAACCAGCACCGAGAGAAAAUAAAAAAAAGUCUACUGUUUUUUUUGGGAAUGAAAUGGUAGUUUGCAUGAUUUUUGGUAGAAAAUCCAUUUUUUUCUAAAAACACAAAAAUUGUUCCAAGAGGAUGGGCCGAACACUAAAAACACCUUUUCCUAUAAACAAAAAAAGAAAAGAGAAGAGAAGUUUCCAAAAUGUGUGACUCGACUUAAAGAAGCCUUAGUGAGGAGAAGCUGAACUUGUCCGUGACCACUGUGAUCCGAACUGCACUCGCAGCCUUGAAGUGACGACUGAUCGUUUACAAAAACGCUCUUUGAAUCAAUAGUAGUGAUGGAUUCUUUUUUUUAAAUAUUUUUUUGCUUGUGUUUAUUUUAUUUAACUUUUUGUUUUUGUGUGUGACAUGCAUCGAGGCAGAUCCAUGCUAAAUAUAUAUAUUUUAUCUUAUAUUUUUUACUUAAUAAUGUUCAUUUUUUUUUUUUUAUCAUUUUUGCUUUAAAACAAUCAACUGAAUAAAAGGGAUUGCUGGAAUUUUUAAAAAAAAGUGUCUAACAUGCUCUACAAAUAUUCAUCACCAGAGACAUUUAGAAAAUGUGUAUUGCUAAAAAAAAUGUUUUGAGUAUUUACACUUCUCCCCCCCUCCCCCACACACUGAAAAACCCCACUGCAUGUUUGAUUUUGGGAUAAAAAGCAUGUGCGAGUGUUAUUUGAAGGCAAUAUUCUGUUAAACUGCAUGGCUUCAAGAUCUCCACGUUAUUCUUCUCAUCGGCUGGAAACGUCUCCUGAGUUUUUUCUCCUCUCGCCGAUAUGAUUCACGCUCAGGUUUUUCUUUUUUCCUGCUCUGAGAAACACAGAAAAACAUUAUCUGGCUUUUUAAAAUUUAUUUAUUUAUCCUUCCUUUCUCUCGGCUGUAUUUUUUGCGAAACAAACAAUCACCUGUUGACGCGACAAUAAAUCGUUUGUUGGGUAAACGGUACGACUUCAUGGGAAUUUUUUAACUUUUUUUUUUCUCCUUCAAAUUGAUCAAUUUGAUGUAUCUGGAAUUCAGGAAAUCAAUGUCAGGAAAUUAUACAUCAGGUAAAAAAAAUGACAGCCAAAUAAAAACCAGUUAUGUAGAAUCAUGGAUCUCUGCCUUUUGGAUUGUUCUUCACUUUAUGCAUUCAU